GCCACCAACAGGACCACCUCAUCCGCCUUCUAACAGGAGCCAUCCGUGUGAAUUGUACGACAAAAUCAGCAGGGUUGUUGCGCUGGGACAUGUUAUUCACAGCGACUCAAAAAUGAUUCAUGGAAAAAAAAUGCGUGAUGAUUGUUUGCGUGUGUCGGUGGAUUUUGUGGAGAUAAAAACUGCAAUACUUCCAUAUCCAUCUGGUGAUAUUGUUACUGUGUAUGAUGCCCGUGAAAGUGUUGUUCAAUGGCCAAAACACUUGGUGGUCCUUGUCGGAAAUGGGCGAACGAGAUUGGAUGCAUUUGAUGAAUUUGUUAAGAGAGCAAAAGAAGUGUUCAGAAGCAGGGCUGCGAUCAAAGUUGAGUUGCAUCGCGAUGUGUUUGGUCAAACUGUAGAUGUGCCUAUACAUAUGGCACUAGAAGAUAUUGAGUUUGUUUGCACGUCUCAGAAACUUACGAACAAUGCUAUAGUCUUAUUCAUCCGAUUUUUGUAUGAAAAAUUGGAUGGCGAUGCACGCAAAACCAAGUUCGGAUUUAUGAAUCCAGCGGCAGUUCACUUUUCAGUCAAUAAAACAGAACUCGUGAAAAGUGUAUUAAAUAGACUGAAAGAUUCAGUGCCGAGUCGAAAAUACAUAUUUAUUCCUUGUAAUACAGGAAUUCAUUGGGUACUAAUUGUAUUUUUCGAUGGGAUAUUUUAUUACUUAAAUUCGUUGGAUGAGAAGUGUAGAUACAAACUAGAGGAGCAAAUGAGCACUGUUUCAAAAGCUUUAAGAAAAUUAGGUGUCAAGCGAUCUGAAGAGAAAGUAUUCUGGGUGGACGUGAAGAAUUGAUACAUGCAGCACAACCCUAAACAAAAAGGAGAUUGGGAGUGUGGAUUUUUUGUGAUGCUAUAUAUGAAGCA